GUCAAUCUGCGGCGGGCACGCAUCGCCGACGCAGGGCCCUUUGCCAGCACGACAGCUCCCCGACUCUGACAGCUCCCCGCCUCCGACCAUGGCGAGCGCGCCGGAGCAGUCGAAGGCGCCCCAGCCCACCUCCCACCACGCUCUGGACAACCUGCAGGCCAUGAUGAACCUCGUGCUCAUCUCCAGCGGCCGCUACGUCAAGGCGCACCAGGCCGGCCCCGAUGCCGCGCGCAUGCAGUACACGCUGAAGCGCGCCGUGACGGCCGCCUCGGAGCGCUUCAACGACUCGCUCGACGAGCUGGAGACGGAGAUCCAGCAGGCCCAGGCCGUGCUCCGGCGCGACCUCGCGCUGCUGCAGGCCGACCGCAAGAAGCGCGAAGCCGCGGCCAAGGAGAAGGAAGCAGAGAAGGCGCGACUGGCCGCCGAGUCCUCUGCGAAGAAGAAUGCGCCCGUCAAGAAAGAGUCAUCGCUGCCCGCCGCACCUUCCGCGAAGCCCGACGCGCCUGGCCCGAGCAAGCCGCCCGCAGAGCAGCCCACAGAGCCACGGGCGCUCACUCGCGAGCAAGAGGACGCCCGGCCGCCCGUUGCGACCGCCUCCGCUUCUGCCCAGGACGCGCCCAUGGAAAGCGCCGACAACCCGGCCACCGAGCACGACUCGGAAUUCGACUUCGACGCCAUCUUCGGCGACAGCGUAAUGGACACCGCAGGCGACAACCAGGGCGACGUCGACAUGGACGCCUCAGGCCCGGACCUCAACUUCACUCUCGACGACUCCGCGCCCUCGCUGCUGCGCGGCCUCGAGGACUUCGCCAAGAGCAGCGACGACGGCAAUGCAAAUGCGAACGCGAGCACCAACAUGGACCUCGACUUCGCCAUGCCCGACCUCCCUGACACGGCGGGGAACACAUCGUCGGAGCAGCCCGGCACGACAAAGCCAGCAGACUCCACGCAACAGGCGACCGACACCAGCAACGACAUGCUCGACACCAUGGCCACCGACGACCUGGACGACCUCUUCAACAUGGACUAUGAGAACCCGGAGGCAACCCAGUUCGACGACGCCUUCUUCGGCUUCGGCGAGAGCUGAGCGGGAAAGAAAUAGACCGAAGGUACUCAGGAUGGGGGCCGAAGAACUCACCUAGCUUAGCAGAUAGAAUCUCUUUCUUCCGUAGACGCGUAGUAGUUUCAAUCGCUACGGAUCGAGGAUGCGGACUUCAUUACAUAGGCGUUCAGGACACGGGAACCAUGAUACCCUGGUACAUUUUUAUGACAUCAAUGCAAUGCUUUUUUUUUACAUUCGUUCAUUCGGAAACUUGGCUAAGGAUUAAGACCUGAAGCACUUCAUUCUUGCCAUACUAAUACGAACAUCACUUAAUCGGAACUGCGUG